AUGAAAUUCGCUGAGGCCCUUAGUGAUGGCUUAGUUGCAGAAUGGCAAGACCAAUACGUUGAUUACAAGGGUGGUAAAAAGUUGAUAAAGAAGAUUCACAAGCUCAAGGACGAGUAUGAUCAAGAAGCAGCCAGCUUGUUAGCAGACAAAAAUAAGGAUGACGGUACUAACGACGAUAGAAUACCGCUAUUGGACUCAAAUGAACUCGGGAGACGUGAUGGGCCAUACGCUAACGAUGCAACACCAUCAACCGCUUCAAACACUCGGAGUGAGAAUAGGAGACCUUCAGUGUUUAACUAUUCACUCAAGUCUAGUAAGACAGAUUACUUUACCGAGAGGAGAAAGUUUCAACUAUGGCUUGAUGAACAGUUGUUGAAAGUGGAUGAGUUUUAUUCCGAAAAGGAGCAAGAUGUCUAUGAACGGUUUUUGUUAUUGGAGGAUCAAUUGUAUCAAAUGAGGGAUCAAAAGAACCAGGUACAGCGACAAAGGAGGCAGCAUAAUGUGAAUGCUCAUGAUAUUGGGGCGAAUGGAGAACGAGUCAUUCCUCAUCGAGUCAAUGACCUAGCUUUUCACACCAAAUUUUUCAUUAGUGGAUUGAGUAGAUGGGAUCUACCGUCACUUCCUUCAAUGGUGUUCUUAAAGAAACUAAGAGGUAAGAGGAAAGCAAAGACUGAGGAUGAUAUAUCAUUGCAUGUUCAAGACUCUGUCGAUUUGAAUUACGCCGAAAAUCGAGUCAGAAAUGGUGUUGUUGAAUUGAGCGAUCAUUCGACCGACCAAACUUCAUUUGAGUCAGAGUCGGAAAUUGAGGAACUUCCACCUUCGGUUCCCGCUGAGCCACAGACUGAUGCUCAAGUACGACAGUCGCGAAGACGUGAUUAUACGCCCAAGAAACAGCAUUUCGGAGUUCCGUAUUUGUAUGCGAGAAAACAGCUAAAGGCAGCUCUCUUGGAACACUAUCGAGCUUUGUCAAUUUUGAAGUCAUACAGAACGAUGAAUAGAACUGCGUUUAGGAAAAUUACAAAGAAAUACGAUAAAGCAAUGCAUACAAAGAUAAUGGAACCUUUUAUGGAAAGAAUCAAUACAUCGUCCUACUUUUUAACCAGCGAUUUGGUUGAUAAGAUAAUCAACCAAGUUGAUGAACUUUACAUUGCCUUUUUUGACCCCGAAUCAAAAGAUAGGAAACAGUCGUUGGAAAAGUUAAAGACAAUUGCUUAUACAUUUAAUUCAACAGAAAUGAAACAGCCACAAUACUAUUCUGAAUUUUUCAGUUCCGGUAUAUUCAUUGGAUUUGGUAUUCCGUUGUUCACUUUGGCAUUGUAUACAGCAUUACACAAGACAAUCAUUGGAGAGCUUCCCGAGGGUCGGUUUUUGCUACAAGUGUGGGGUGGAUUCUUUCUUCUUACAUUAACAUUCCUCCUAUUUGGGAUCAACAUGGCCGUAUUUGAUAGGUUUAGAAUCAACUACAAGUUUAUUUUCGAGUUUGAUAUUGCAUCAGCACUAAACUACAAACAAUUUUGGUUGCUUCCCUCGUUUGCUUUUGCGUUUUUGUCGCUUUUGGGGUGGUUUAGUUUCAAUAAUUUUUGGCCUUAUCAAUUUCCAGGCCGAGACUGGCCAUGGAUUUUUUUUGGGGUAAUGUUGGUGCUCUUUUUAUGGCCCACUAAUGCAUUAUAUGGGUCAAGUCGACGCUGGUUACAAUUUGCCUUGUGGAGACUACUCUUGUCGGGACUCUACCCAGUUGAAUUUAGAGAUUUCUUCUUGGGUGAUAUUGUAUGUUCACUAACGUACACAAUGGGGAAUCUACCAUUCUUUUUCUGUUUGUUUUCGCAUCAUUGGAGAGGAACUCUUGGUGGUCAACCAACUAGUGCAAAUACAUGCACCUCAUCAAGGUCUAGACUAAUGGGAUUUUUCAGCUCUUUGCCAAGUGUGUGGCGGUUACUACAAUGUGUGCGUCGUUAUAUGGAUACUGGAGACUGGUUCCCCCAUUUGGCAAAUAUGUUAAAGUAUUCGGUGUCUACUGUGUACUAUAUGACGCUUAGUAUCUAUCGUAUUGAUAAUAGUGAGAGGAACAGAAUUGUGUUUAUCAUUUUUGCUGCAAUCAAUUCAAUAUACUCGUCAAUUUGGGAUAUUGUUAUGGAUUGGUCGUUGUUGCAAACAGGGUCCAAGCAUUUCCUAUUACGAGAUUAUUUAUUUUACAAGAAGCCAUACUAUUACUAUAUAGCCAUGGUUGCUGAUGUCAUUUUACGAUUCCAAUGGAUCUUUUAUGCAUUUUUCACUCAUCAGAUUCAACAAAGUGCAGUAACUUCGUUUGGCGUUGCUUUGGCGGAAAUAUUACGUCGAUUCAUUUGGAUAUUCUUCCGGAUGGAAAAUGAGCAUUGUACCAAUGUUAUAUUGUUUAGGGCAUCCAAAGAUACGCCGUUGCCUUAUGCCGUGUCGGCUAAAGUUGAACGUGCAGUGAAGAAGUUGGUAGAGUCGAGGUAUGAUGAGAGGAAAUUAUCUGACGAAGAGAGGAUUUCCGAAGAGAAUGUUGGAUUCACUACUGGACGUUCUGGAUCUAGAGGUGAGGAAGGAAGUAGGAGUUCGGUUGAUCUUACCAGGUUACUGACCAGACAAUCAAUGCCACAGUUGCAACAACGAAAGACUUACUUUAAGCAAAUUACUGACCGGUUGAAUACGGCACAUAUAAAGGAUUUCCAGAGAAGAAAGACAACGACGCAUAUAGACGAGGAUUCCGAUGAGGAUGAGGAUGAUGACGAUGCAAGCGUGACGGGCAAGUCCAAUAGAGCCUCACGAUUGUCGUCUAUACGCGAUGAGUGA